UGAAACACCACUGGUUGCAACCCCCAUAUCAGCAACCGCAGAUAAGAUCGACCAUAUCCACACACACACAUGAACCUAGAAUGGUGGGUGUAACACCAAUCAUAAGUGCUUAAUUAGCUAGAAACUAUAUCAAUCAAUCAUCUGAAAUUAGCUUCAAAAUGGGCACAAUUCAGCCCAUGAACGCUUAUGGCAUCUCUUCAUUCUCACACUCUCUCUGCUCCAAUUUCAAGAACACCAUUAACACCAGUUUCGCCAUUCAAAGACCCUCCAUCAAGUGCCAAAGUCACUCAAGGUCAAAAAUCCGAGCCAUGGCAACCUUUGAAGAUGCAUCAUCACAAGAACCCCCUUGUGUCAAUUUCGCUUUCGUUAGUUCGGUGUUGCUACCAGAUGGAACUCCCGACGUACAUUUUAGAAGCGCGACUGGUGGACAGAAACUUAGGGACAUAAUGCUAGAUUCUCAUAUCGAGUUGUAUGGACCAUAUUCUAGACCUUUGCUAAACUGUGCUGGAGGAGGAACCUGUGGUACUUGCAUGGUGGAGGUUAUUGAAGGGAAGGAGUUGCUUACACCACGAACAGACAAAGAGAAGGAGAAGCUUAAUCGGAAUCCGAAGAACUGGAGGCUCGCUUGUCAAACAACUGUGGGGAAACCGGAUUCAACAGGCCUGGUUGUGAUACAGCAAUUACCAGAAUGGAAAGGGCAUGAAUGGACACUCGGAAAGGAGCCUCCUCCAGAAUCUUAAAUUUUGUUCCUAAUUUUCUUUACGAUGUUGUAAAUGAUGAGCACGAUGAUGGUAAUAGUGUUAUAAUGUUGACACAUUCUUGAAAAAUAUAUAUAGAAUCAGUUCAUU